AACGACCCACUGAGACUUGUCCGAAGUCCGUCUACUGUCUACACCAUAAAUUCGCCAUUAAAACCCUUCUUUCUCUCUCUCUCUUUCGUCUCUGCAAAUCAUCAAAUUACAUAGACUUUAUGGGAAACGAAACCUCCUUAUUCUCUUAUCUUCAUACAACCUAAAGGCUGUGCUUUUCUUCCCGUCGAAAUGAUUUAGUGUGGUUUUCCCGAUUCUUUUUUUUUCCGGCCGAUGCAUCUUCUCUUUCGCGAAUACGGGUUUCUGGUUUGUCAGAUUGAGGCUUGAUUUGUUGAAAUUUUAGGGUUUAUGAACCUGCUGUAGCUAUGGAGCUGAAUUGGAUUUACUGUCGGAAACAAGCCCUGCUCUUGAUUUCUUGUCUGACUCUGCUUUAUCUCGCGUCCUUUGAUACUAUUUCGAGCGAAUCAACUCAGAAUGCGAGUGAUUUCAAGAAUAGAUCUCACAAAGUUUCUUGCCCUACCAGUACCAAUUGGGUGUUAGGUCUGAACGAAACGAAAUGCUAUGCAUACUUCAGAAACUCUACUUCAUGGGAGAAGUCAGAGAUGUCCUGCAGAACCUAUGGCGGUCACUUAGCAUCUCUUGCAACGAACAAAGAACUCAGCUUUGUUCAGAAACUAUGCAGUGGAAACGCUAGCGGUUGUUGGAUUGGAGGAAGAAGCUUGAAUUCUUCUGCCUCGGGCUUACAUUGGAGCUGGUCCGAUCCUAAGACUCCUCAAUGGAACCAAUCCAUGUUUCCUAAAGUCCCCAUUCGAACACAAUGCGGCAAUGGCAGUUCGUCUUGUCGUGGUAAUAUCUGUAUAGCUGUGACAAACGGUUCAUCGCCAAUCUUUGGUGAAAGAUGUAACGCGUCUCGUGCUUUCAUUUGCGCGGUUGAUUCUGAUUUCAGAUGUCACAACUGUCACGGUGAAUAUCGAGUUAUCCUCUGUGUAGUAAGCGGUUUAAUUCUCUUCACCACAUUCGCCAUUAUACUAUGGUUCUCAAUCUACAAACGUAGCAAGAAACGCCGGAAAUCCCGAAAAGUAUCAAACCCGGCUUCGUCUUCUUCCUCAGCUUUAGUUCCUCCCUCAUGGAAGAUAUUCACGAGCGAGGAGCUGAGAUCAAUGACGAAGAACUUCAGCGAAGGAAACCGUCUUGCCGGUGAUGCCAAAACCGGCGGAACCUAUAGCGGCGGUUUAUCAGACGGGAGGAAAGUGGCGGUCAAGAGACUGAAGAGGUCGAGCUUUCAGAGGAAGAAAGAGUUCUACUCGGAGAUUAGAAGAGCCGCUAAGCUUCAUCACCCGAACGUAGUCGCCAUCAAAGGAUGUUGCUAUGAUCACGGAGACCGGUUCAUUGUUUACGAGUUCAUAGCCAGUGGACCGCUCGAUAGAUGGCUGCACCAUGUCCCUAGAGGUGGUAGGAGCUUAGACUGGAACAUGAGACUGAACAUUGCCACAACUCUUGCUCAAGGAAUCGCGUUUCUACACGACAAGGUGAAGCCGCAAGUGGUGCACCGGGACAUUCGAGCGAGCAACGUGCUGCUCGACGAGGAGUUUGGAGCUCAUCUAAUGGGAGUUGGUCUGUCGAAGUUCGUCCCUUGGGAAGUGAUGCAAGAGAGAACGGUCAUGGCGGGUGGGACCUAUGGUUACCUCGCGCCUGAGUACGUUUACAGGAACGAGCUCACGACGAAGAGCGACGUUUACAGCUUCGGAGUCCUUUUGCUAGAGAUUGUGAGUGGUCGCAGACCGACUCAGGCGGUUAACUCUUCGGUUGGGUGGCAGAGCAUAUUCGAAUGGGCCACGCCUUUGGUCCAGGCGAACCGGUGGUUAGAGCUUCUUGAUCCGGUGAUAACGUCCGGUUUACCGGAGGCGAGUGUGGUUCAGAAAGUUGUGGACUUGGUUUAUUCUUGUACUCAGAAUGUGCCGUCGAUGCGUCCUAGGAUGUCUCAUGUUGUUCAUCAGCUUCAGCAAUUAGUCCCACCUUCAGAGAUUAAGUAGUUAGAAUAAUUGUGUUAGAAUUAAAAUAUGUGCGAAAGGCUAAACGAUGUCGUGACAGAGAAGCUUCUGGAAGUUAUAGGGUUACAGCUAAGGAGCUUGUUAGCUAAGUAGCUAUGGAUAAAAAUAUAAUAAAGCUUGGUCUCCAAGUUUAAGACUUUCGUAUUAUAUAUAUAAAAAGCUAAAACCCCAACAUGUGACAGAUCAUAUUCAAAGCAUUUAAAAAAAAAGUUAUUGUCUUUUCUUUCUUAAGUUGGUUACUUUGCUUCAUAGCUUUUGCAAUAUUCUGAUCCUGAGUAUAACUUCAUCUCUAUUCACUAAACCACCGGUUUAUUCUUCUGGAUUUUUUUCAUAUAAAGCUUUCAUCUUUUUGCCUUCUUCUGCCUCAAGAAUUGAAAAAAACAUGAAGAUGUUUCUUUGGUGCUUUAAACCCAAGUUCUACAAGAAAAGCAAAUCUACAACCACCUACAUGAAGAUUCGGCUUGAUACAGUGAGGAAAAAAAGGAUUGCGAUGGUUAAGUUUUUGAAAAUGGACAUUGUGGAAUUUCUCAAGAAUGGCCUUGAUUAUAAUGCGUUUACGAGAGCAGAAGUGUUACUCGAAGAGCUUAGAAUUAUAUCGUGUUAUGAUAUCAUCGAACGUUUCUGCGACUGUAUCUCUGAAAAUCUCUCACUGAUGCUGAAGAAAAGGGAAUGUCCUGAAGAAUGCAGAGAAGCUGUUUCCUCGUUGAUAUAUGCAGCGGCAUGGGUUCCUGAUGUUCCUGAACUUAAGGAUCUUAGAGCCGUCUUCACGCAACGAUUUGGGAAUUUCAUUCGUUCUUCAGUAAAUUAUGAGCUCGUUGAGAAAACUGAAUUGCGAAGAAGACCUUCACGGGAACUCAAGAUUCAGACAGUGAAAGAUAUUGCGAAUGAGUUUUCGAUUAACUGGGAUCCUACAUCUCUGAAUCUGUUUCUUCUUAGACAAACUUCAGCUCUGCAGAUUGAGGAUAAGGUGGAGACAGGAGCUCAUGAUCCGAAGAUUGAGACGGAGAAAAGUAUCAGAGAUGAUCAAAGCGGUGAUGAAUCGGUUCUUUCACAGAGUUGGACAAGAGAUUCUUUGUCCAAAGGCAGUUUGAGUUCGAGUUCGAGCUCAAGUUUUAGUUCUCUAAGAAGUGAGAAGAAGAAGAAUAAGAAGAAGAUUUUGCCGUAUGGAUUAAUCUCUCCUCCAUACAAGAAACCAGGAGGUCGAAACAAUGAUAAAGCACUAGAUGAGAAAGAAGAGGUGAAGAAGAAGAGUAAUGAUCAAGAAAUCUCAAGGUUACUUAAACCACAAGGCAGUGAUAACGAAGCUUCCUCAACAAGAGAGAACGAGAGAACGCUGUCGUUUCAGAGACCUAAGCUCUUAGAAUACGAGGAAGUGGUGGCUCGGCUUGCAGCUCUUCGCCGGAAAUAAGAGAGAAACUUAACUAAUCAAGGGUUGCUCUAUGUAAUUAAGUUUAUAUUGUAAUUAAAGAUUAUUCUUGUGCUUGACAAGUAGAUAACAGCGAACAAGGGUGGUGAAGCCGAAGCCUUCUUGAAGGAAUAAAAAAACCUAACUGUUCUCGUUGGUCCAAUCAAAAGCAAUAAUUUUC